AUGGCUCGCACCUGUCGUGGUGGAGGUGAAUCAAUCCUCAUCCGGGAUGAGAUACAGGUAGAGACAGGACCGGCGCUUGUUGCAGGCAUUGAGCUUGCACAGGUGACCAUCCAUCUGGAUGCAGGUAUGCAGCUGACGAUUUCAUCAGCAUACCUCCCCCCUGUCGCCGCCAAAAUCACUUUGGAGGACCUCGAUAGACUCAACAACACAGACAGGCCCCAACUCAUAGGUGCUGACGUCAAUGCACACGCAUUAUCAUGGGGCCACGAGAUCCCGCCUGAUAACAGAGGUGAUGCCGUUGUGCAAUGGUGCAUUGACAAUGAGUUCCUUGUUGCCAACACUGGAGACCGAACGCGGCACACUGAUAGACAUAGAGGCUCCACGCCAGAUGUGUCCCUGGCAAAGGAAUGCAUGGUGGCAGAUCUGGACAGCGCGACCCACCCCGGACAGCGACCACUACAUCAUCACUUAUACUGUCCAGGUGGGGGAGGAUGA